AUGUCAGUCCCACAGACCAACGGAGAUGAACGUCCACUAAACAGCCAAGGCCACCAAGACUCGGUGCAAACGGCCCAGGACCAUCGUAAGUUCAUGAAGAUACCAGCAAAGGGUAGGGCCGAGAAAAGCCCCCCUCACUCUCUCCAAGCGGCCGCCUCGCAAGGGCAGCCGCGACGGGGCGCGUUUCCCUCGCGCUCCGCCGGCCCCGUCGUCCUCCUGUCCGAACCGGGGCUCCCUCCCCUCAGCCCCAGCCGCCCCACCACCGCCGCUCUCCCCUCCCUCAAGCUGCCCUUCGUCCCCAGCCGGAGCCCGACGGCUGCCCGCGUUCCUCCGACCGGGGCGCGCGGCGGGCGGCUGAGUCGAGCGGAGGUGGCCGGUUGCCCGGAGGUGGGGCGGCCGAAAAGGCGGGCGAGAAGGGGAAGGAAGCUCCUUGCUCGCUCGCCGCCUCCUCUACCUCAAGCUGCCCUUCUUCCCCAGCCGGAGCCCGACGGCUGCCCGCGUUCGGGGCGCGCGGAGUGGCGGCUGAGGCGAGCGGAGGUGGCCGGUUGCCCGGAGGACAACUUUGCGAGCGAACCGCUGGGCGCCCUGGUCCCGGGGAGGCGCGAGGAGCCGCGGCGAAGGCGGAGGAACAGGCGGCCGGGGGUGGGUCGCUUCCUCCGCCUCCUCCUCCUCGGAGUUUGGUGCUCCGUAUCCGGGAAGGAGCGAGCCCGGAACUGGGAGUCCCUGAGGAGCCCACAGCCGCCGCCGCCUUCGAAGUUCGCCUUUCCCUCCGGCGGCGCCAUGCGGCGGCUCCGGCUGGCCCGGAGGGGCUGGUGCCCGGGCAGGGGCUGCGCGGUGGCGCUGGCGCUGCUGGCCGCCGUGGCCUUCUUCGCCGUGGCGCUGUCGCUGGCCAGCCUGCAGGCGCCCCCGGCCGGCGAGAGGCGCUCUCCUGGCGGCCAGAGGCGCUUCUCCGACGGGGCGGAGCGGCCCCAAGACCUGGCCCGCCCCGUCUACGAGAAGGCGCCGCCGGAGCCUUCGGCCCCCGGGGAGUGGGGCAAGCCUGCCCACCUGCAGCUGAGCCCUGAGGAGAAGAAGGAGGAGGAGGCGCUGGUGGAGCAAUACGCCAUCAACGUCUACCUCAGCCAGAAGAUCUCGCUGCACCGCCACAUCCAGGACGGGCGCAUGGCCGAGUGCAAGGCCAAGGCCUACCGCUACCGCCAGCUGCCCACCACCUCGGUGGUCAUCGCCUUCUACAACGAGGCCUGGUCCACGCUGCUGCGCACCGUCCACAGCGUGCUGGAGACCUCUCCGGCCGUCCUGCUGAAGGAGGUCAUCUUGGUGGACGACCUGAGCGACAAGGCCUACCUGAAGGGCCAGCUGGAGAAGUACGUCAGCGGCCUGGAGAGGGUGCGCCUGAUCCGCACCAACAAGCGCGAAGGGCUGGUCCGGGCGCGCCUGAUCGGGGCCACCUUCGCCACCGGCGACGUCCUGACCUUCCUCGACUGCCACUGCGAGUGCGUCCCCGGCUGGCUGGAGCCGCUGCUGGAGAGGAUCGCCGAAAACAUGAGCACCGUUGUUUGCCCCGUCAUCGACACCAUCGACUGGAACACCUUUGAGUUCUACAUGCAGUCGGCCGAGCCCAUGAUCGGGGGCUUCGACUGGCGCCUGACCUUCCAGUGGCACUCGGUCCCCGACUACGAGCGCCAGAGGCGCAAGUCCAAAAUCGACCCCAUCAGGUCGCCCACCAUGGCAGGGGGACUCUUUGCCGUCAGCAAAAAGUACUUCGAAUACCUGGGCACCUACGACAUGGGGAUGGACGUCUGGGGAGGAGAGAACCUGGAGCUCUCCUUUCGGGUGUGGCAAUGCGGGGGCAUCUUGGAGAUCCACCCCUGUUCGCACGUGGGGCAUGUGUUUCCAAAGCGCGCUCCGUACGCCAGGCCCAACUUCCUCCAGAACACGGCGCGGGCGGCGGAAGUGUGGAUGGAUGGGUAUAAAGAGCACUUCUACAACAGGAAUCCCCCGGCACGGAAGGAGAACUACGGAGACAUCUCAGAAAGGAAACUCUUGAGGCAGCGUCUGAAGUGCCAGAACUUCGACUGGUACCUGAAGAACAUAUUUCCGAACUUGCACGUGCCGGAGGACCGUCCCGGUUGGCACGGAGCCAUCCGCAGCGUGGGCAUCUCUUCCGAGUGCCUAGACUACAAUUCUCCCGAGCACAACCCGACUGGCGCCCACAUCAACCUCUUCGGCUGCCACGGGCAAGGAGGGAACCAGUUCUUUGAGUACACGUCGAAUAAGGAAAUCCGGUUCAACUCCGUGACGGAGCUCUGCGCCGAAGUUCCCGACCAGAAGGAUUUUGUAGGCAUGAGGAACUGCCCGAAAGAUGGCUCCGCUAUCCCAGAAAACAUCGUGUGGCAUUUUAGAGAAGACGGGACCAUUUAUCACCCUCAUUCGGCAAAAUGCCUUAGCGCUUACCGCACUGCCGAGGGCCGGGCUGAUGUGCAGAUGAGGACAUGCAAUGCAGAAGAUAAAAACCAGUUGUGGAAAUUCGAAAAAUAGAAAUUGGUCUGGGAGUCUCUGUCCAAGACUACUUCCAGCUGACUUAGUGUGUAUUCCCACUAAGUCUGGCUAAACGUGUCUUCCCAUUAACUGUUAAUGCCAGAUUUAGGUAGCUUCUAAAAGGAUUUUUAACAGGUUUGGGAAUGGCAGUGAAUGACUGUGAAGAAGCAGGGUGUUGGGGACUUGCUAUCUGAAGUGCCUUUUAUUCUAAACUCCCAUUUAGCGGGGGUUGAUGGGAGUCAUUGUCCAAUAUCUGGACAGGUGGAUCCGAAGGUGUUCACUUAAAAGGGAACAACUAUAAUUUUUGUGUGUGUGUGAUUGUAAUACUUUGGGAAUAAGGUGGCCUUGGUUAGAACUGCAGAUUACUGAACAUUUAUGUUAUGUGUUACUGUGACAAUGUGGGGGGGGGGGGACUGAAAUCAAUACAAAUGCAGCCACGGCACAGACAAUAACGUUAAUACGAGUUACGCCAGGGAAAGGGAAGCUGUGGUUCUCCAGGUGUUGGAUAGAUCAAAGCUCCCAUCAACUCUUGCCAUGUUGACAGGGGUUGCUGGGAGUUUUGGUCCAGCGACUACAGGACGGCCACAUGUUCCCCCAUGUCUGAGUUAACUAUAUGCAUAAUUCGUGGCUAAUGGGGUGGUUUGGCCAAGAAGUGGGAGAAACAUCACCCUUAGGGUGUUGUCUGAGUGUUGCACAUAGGAGUCUCAUUGAGUGUGUUGGGAGAAAAUAUUGCUUAGCUUUGAGGGCAGCUUCCCAACUCCCAUCAGUCCACUGGCUGGGGUUGAUGGGAGUUGUAGACAACCUGGAAGGCAGCAGGUUAGCAGUGGCCCUGUGCGACGCCAAAAUUCCUCCCCCCCUACCUCUUGUGCUCCAUUCUAAACAAUAUUUGUAGGGGUCCCAAGGCUGUGUGCCCUAAAUCCACCUCCUAGGUUACAGAAGGCUGCAGAGUAGUAACAGGCCUGAGUUCAUGUUGCUUUUCAUUAUUGAAAGCAGAGCGAGGAGAAAAUACAAUCUGCAUCAUGCAGAUUGUGGUGAAAGCGAUCAUUUGUUAACUUAGGGAGGAGGUAAUCAAGUUGUAGCUGAGGUUAACAGUAAUAGUGGCAAAUAAGAGUCAUUGUUUUUGAUGACGCUGAAAAAUGUCAAAAGGGUGGGAAACCAGACUUGUUUCUUGUGUCGGAUACACCUGCGCCAAUAUCUAGAGCAGGCAUGGAGAUGUUUGGCCCUCUGGAUGUGGCUGAACUACAACUCCCAUCAGCCUUCGCAAGCACAGCCAAUGGCCAGGGAUGAUGGGUAUUGUAGUUCACUGACACCUGGAGGGCCAAUGGUUCCUCGCACCUGAUUUAAAGGCUCUUUAUCAAUGUUUCCCAAACUUGAGUCUACAGUUGUUGUUAAACUAUAACUCCCAUCCUCCCUAGCUAGGAGGACCAGUCACAGAUGAUGGGAAUUGUAGUCCAGAAACAGCCGGAGACCCAUGUCUGGGAAAUACUGCUCUAUAUCAAGAUUUGCAAUUCCUGAUAGUAGCUAUUUAUGAUCUCUGCCUUAACACUGUUUACAUAAUCAGUUACGUGUAGCGCUUUAAAAUCCACUGAUGGGUCAGAGAAUGAGAGAAACUGCUUUUUGGAUGGUUCUUAAUGCACUUCAGAUGGAAUUCAGAUUUCCCCGAGGGCUAUAUCUUUAGGUAAAGGUAUAAGGUGUUGUCACACUUCCUCAAACGUGGCAUAGCCAAUAUUAACUAAUUGCUGCAUUCCCAGUCUGUACCUUGAAUUCAGAGGCUGUGCCCCUGUGGCUACGAAGCGACAGGAAGCUGGCAAGAUAUGCAGAGAAGCAGUUUCAACAAAUCGUCGUGAAUCUUGCCUUUUAAGUCUCUGCCUCGGUUAAAUCAACAGUGCAGUUUUGUAGCUAGUCUGGCAGAGGUUCAGGGAGUAAACUGCAUGUUGAUUGUCAUAAGCACCUGACUGUUGACAGGACAUAGAUCAGGCUUUGCCAACCUGGUGCUUUCCAGAUGUUCUGGCCAACGACAGCUAUCAGCCCCAGCCAGCAAGGCUGACAUAGGCGAAUUCUUCUUAAAGAAGACUGUUACCUUCUGAAGGUAAUGGUUCUGGGACCUGUGUAACUUGCCUCUUGGCAGGAAAAGUGACAAACCUUUAGCUAUCUCUCUCUAUAUCUUAACUAAGCUGCAUUUGUUAAUUGGGCACCAGGCUGCCUUGAAACUUUAGCAGAAUUAACUCCCAACAGAGCCUCAAGUUAUCAAGGCCAGCAGUCCUAAACAUCAUGGUUGACAACCUGCCGUUGAAGCUGGUAGCCUUCGUCUCUGUGCCUCUUGUAUGUAGAGAACCUUGUUUCUGCUUCAGAACUAGCUAUGUGGCCACCUUAGUUAGCCAUUCCAGCUUUCGGUCUUAAAAACUGAGACUGGGCACAUCUAAUCCUUAUUCUUGAUGGGGCAACCUUGACUUGUGGGACUGCGGAAAUGAUCACCACUACACAGAGUUGAAGGUGACGGAGGAGAAACUCAAUUCUCCUGUGUUUUGCUCAUUUUGCACCUGCUAUUACUCCUCUUACAGGUCACUGUAGGGUUUUUAAAAAACCUGAUAAACUUGUUUGAACAGCAGUGAAGGCUGGACAGGAUAUGAAUGGGUGUGAACAGUACAGAGCAGCAGUGCCUCUAAUGCCACCAUCGUUUAACUCUUUUGUCAACUGCCUUCAUUUUUAGAGAUGAUGGCAUUUGUGGUGGUCAAGGGAGAAGAGUCGCCGUGCCUAAAAACUUCCCUGCUCUUCUUCCAAAGCUACUUCUCAUCGCUGUUGUUUCUACUUCUCAUCACCGUUGCCUCUUGUAAUUUCAUUGCUGGGACAAUCCAGGGUUUGCCAAGAAUUGCAGGUUAUUUUGCAAGCUCCAGUCCAUGGUAUCGGGGCAGAACGACGCGGGUGGCGCUGUGGGUUAAACCACAGAGCCUAGGGCUUGCCGAUCGUAAGGUCGGCGGUUCGAAUCCCCAUGAUGGGGUGAGCUCCCGUUGCUCUGUCCCUGCUCCUGCCAACCUAGCAGUUCAAAAGCACGUCAAAGUGCAAGUAGAUAAAUAGGUACCGCUCUGGCGGGAAGGUAAACGGCAUUUCCGUGCACUGCUCUGGUUUGCCAGAAGCGGCUUAGUCAUGCUGGCCACAUGACCCGGAAGCUGUACGCCGGCUCCCUCGGCCAAUAAAGCGAGAUGAGCGCCGCAACCCCAGAGUCGGUCACGACUGGACCUAAUGGUCAGGGGUCCCUUUACCUUAUUAUGUGCAAAGAAUACGGAUUUCCAAGGUGCUGGAGAUGUUUGUUCACAUUCCCUGCUACCUCUUCAUGGUACUUGAAGGGGGAUAGAAGCCAAUCUGGGGAGGGAGAGAAUGUGCCGCAUUAUAUAUUGAGAGCACCAUGAUACCACAGUCAUGACUACCCCAAAGCAUCCUGGGAUCUGUAGUUUGAUACAGGUGCUGGGCAUUGUUAGAGGAGACCCUGCACGAUUCUCCGAGUUCUCUGGAAAGAAGGAUUGAUUGUUAAGCCCCUUUGAGAACCGUAUCUGUGUGAGGGAAUGGAGUCAGGUGGCCUAACAACUCUUACCGCCCUUAACUACAUUUCCCAGGAUUCCCAGGGGGAAGUCACAAGACUGCCUCUAACGCAGGGUGCGGAUGUGGCCUGACUCUUUGGUGCCAGGAAGACCUAUGACCUUGAAGCACAGGUGCAGGGCAAAACAGCACACAGGAGGGAACAAAUCUAUGUCCGUUCUGUGGCCAAUAAGAAAUGAACUCAUCAUCUCAGGCCAUCCAGAGGUGCUGAGUUUGCUGGCCAGAAUAGCUGCUACGCUACAUGGAAACAAGUAUCUUAGGUCGGGUUCGGAUGAUCAGUUUUCACCUGCAGUGUGGUGGUGAACGUUGCAGUUGCUGCAGAGCGAUAUCUCUGUGGAAGAGGGCCUUCUGAAAUUGUCUGCUUGCGUUGGGACUCUGUGGAACGUGCCCCCCUCCCUUCUUGAAGCUGUAUCGAAUUUCUGACAUGCCAGAAUUUCUGACAUGCCCCCAGAUGUUUCGUACUGCAGCUCCACUGGUUGAUGAAAAGGGACUUUAGUGUUACAGUCAUACGAUGACCGCAUUCGUGCAAAAUCACUGAUCUGAAACCACCCUUACGGCUUCAGAAUGAUGACUAUUAAACCAGAACUAACAGUUACGGGAAAGUUAUUGUAGGUAAAAUUCCACUGUGCACAUAAUAUGCCAAGGUAUUCUUAUGACACUUUAGUAUUGUGAUGAUUUAGCACCGCUAAAUUCUAUGGUGGGACUGAGGUGUAGAGUGUCUUAACCACAAGUGACCUUGUAAAGGUUUUUCUAAAAAUGUUUCCCCCCUUUUCUAUGCACACCGAAGCUGGAUUUACACUGAGCUCUGUGCGAAGCACUAUCUCACUAUGAGCUUGUGUGAACUAUGCAAUUAUAUCCACCUAUAUGUGCCUUAUUUCUUUUUUGAAGGUUCAGGGGGAAAAACUUGUAUUUUCUUACGGAGGACUAUUUUUAUGCCUAAUAUGAAGGUGUGCCAAUCUACAAUUCUCUUGGGAUGGCAAUCCUAAACCCAUUUGCUCAAGAUUAAGAGGUCGUCUUUAACUUUGUGGGACUUAUAUCAGGGUAAAGAUUUACAGGAUUGCACUGUUAAUAACUGGCGCGAAGGGAAAAAGCAAAACUGAAUUAGUAUUCCAUUGCUGUAUGAAAAGUACAGAGGAAAGAAUAUAAUAAUUGUGCGUGUCUGUGUGUGUAAGUUAAGAUAUAUACCGUAAAUAUUUUUAUACUAAGAAUUUGCAUUGGCAAUGUUAGCCGUAGCCUUGUCACUAAGUUCAGUUCAGAAAGGUAAUAUUGUUUACAGGCUUCUGAAAUAUUUGAUAUCUGGAAAAUGAAGGUAUGCAUUUUAAUUAUACUUCCGUUCUUGAAUGAAUUACGAAAUUGUUUGGGGAAAUUUUACUGUGAGGGAUUUAAACUACUGAUUUACGGUGUCUGUUUUUAGGGAAACAAAUAACUUCACAAUGCGUAGAUGUGAUUGAAAGCUCCUUGAAAAGGCGGAAAUAAACAGUUUUUUAAUUUAAA